ACAUAGCAUCCCAACCUCAGAGGGUUUUAUGACGUCGGGGGUCAUGUCAGUCUAAUCUGGUCAUCCUUGAGUGGAGCCUCACUCUGGCCAAUAGGAUUAGAGAGUGAGGGAAGAGGCUUUACCUAUUCUUGGAGUAUGUGAUGGCAGUCUUCUCCUACUGAAGCACAGAGUUACAUCUAUCUCUCAAUUCUGACUGGAAACCUCUUUCCUGUAUGACCAGGAACAUUAUUUUCCUUUCCAUUGGAGAAACUGAACCAAGCAUGGAGCUGGGAAAAGCCAAGCUUCUAAGAACAGGGUUGAACACUCUGCACCAAGCCAUUCACCCAGUGCACGGAAUAGCCUGGACGGACGGUAAGCAGGUUUGUCUCACGUCAUUGUAUUCUGUAGACGGUGAGCCCAAAUUUGGUGACACCAAUGUCAUCGGACAGUUUGAACACAUCUUGGGACUCUUCUGGGGGCCGCUGUGCUGCUCUGGGUCCCCGGCGUUGCUUGCCGUCCAGCAUAAAAAGCAUGUCACGGUUUGGCAACUUCAACUGAGCGCUUUAGAGCAGAACAAACUCCUCUGCACGCAGACCUGUGAAAUGAGCGAGCCGUUCCCGCUGCUGUCCCAGGGAUGCGUCUGGCAUCCCAAAAUGGACAUCUUAGCCGUUUUGACCAAGCGGGAUGCCUCGGUCUUGUUUUCCGUGCGGGUCGAUAAUCGUCGCGUGAAGGCCGAGAUCAAGGGCAGCGGUCUGAUCCAUUGUGCCUGCUGGACUAAAGAUGGAACCCGCCUGGUGGUUGCCAUCGGAAGCGCAUUGCACUCGUAUAUUUGGAACGACAUCCAAAAAAGCCUGGUGGCGUGUUCCUUCUGCCCUGUUUGCGAUGUAGGUGGGUAUAUCUGCGCCAUCGAGUCCACCAACGAGUCUCAAGUGGCUGUAGCGACUGAACUUCCGCUUGAUAAAAUUUGCGGGCUCAAUGCAGGUAUUGCGUUCGACCUGCCUAACGAGUCAGAGGCUUCGACAUGCCGCCCUUCUCCCGUUUUAACAGUGGAUGCGGACUAUUAUUUGGACAGACGGAGAUCAUGUGAUUCUGAGCACUCGGAACACGCCUCCUCAUCCGGACCCAUAGAUCUAACACAGAUUCUUGCCAAACACCGAAAAUCAGAUCCAAGUCCGCUCAUUCACUUGAGGCGGCGGGAUAAUUUGACGGGAACAGGUCAGGACUUGUCACAUCUGAUUCUGGUGACGUAUGAACGCAAGGUCACCACUACGAGGAAGGUCAGCAUCCCUGGCAUCUUGGUCCCUGAUAUUAUCGCCUUCGAUGCAAGCGGGAGCACGGUGGCUGUGGCGUCCAACACGUGCAACAUGAUCCUAGUUUACUGCAUCACGGAUUCUUCCAUUCCCAACGUGCAACAGAUCCAGCUGCAAAAAAAUGAGAGGCCCAAAGGGGUGUGCUUUUUCACCAACAAGAUGUUGCUCUUCAUGAUUGGCCGGCAGAAGUCCAAUGAUCCUGCUUUCCUCCCCUCCUCUAACACGGACAAGUACAUCUUGAGGCUAAUAGCCAAGGAGCUGGUAUUCGAUGAGGAAGGUGCCACCCCAGUGGUUCCCAAGUCUGAGUCGGCGAGCCAACAUCAUGGGAUUAGACGUCAUUCUGAGAACUUUUCUAAAGAGGACCGUCUAUCAAUUAAGGAUCUAAUACUUCCUGGAGGCUCGGUAAUUGUUUCGCCAUCUAGUCAGAGGAAACUAAUCGAGGAGGUACGCAGCUCAGAUUUGAGCCCCGUGGCGAGCUCCGCCGACUUCUCAGAUAGAGCAUCCAGUGCCUCUUCUGUUACUCUGGAAACCUACGACAUGGAUCACAUCAGCCGCAUGGCUACGCUCGCCGUAGCCAGUCAGGCCAGCCGGGAUUCCAGUCGACCCUGUUCGCCAAGGUACGAAGCCUCGGAAAAAUUAUACUCCGAUGCAACGCCACCAAAGAACAGCUGUCAAUCCAAAGAAAAGAACUUGGAGCAGCUGACGCAGAACAUGGAGAGGAUUUUUACCCGAUUUGCUGAUGUCCAGCAGUGCCUCACAGAAAUCAGAGACUUCACCCAGAACGGCAAGAAGAUUGCAUGCAGUUAUCCAUCUGCUUAUGAACCGCAAUAUGUGCACAUUACGUGUCAGAAACAGUUGUCUGAGAAUGUGUAUACGGAUGAGAGAAGGCCGUUGUUGCUCUGUGGGGGACGGAUCUGCCUGCGGGUGGUGCAGGAACUCUUCGGCCUGACGGUCAUAGAGAUGAUGCAUGGUCCCAUGUGGAUCGUCUUGGUGGCUGAUGCAGAUGGUUUCGUUCCGCUCACAUUUAAAGACAAAGAUGAGCUCACAAUCAGGAGUGCAAGAAGGAAAUCUCCUAUAAGACCCCCGAGUUGCGCUGAUGUAUUUCCCCCUGAAAGUCCAGUGUCUCCCAUUGCAGAAAAAUGAAGCCUGUAUCAUCUCAAGAGGACUUAUUAGAAAUAUUUUUAUGAUAUUUGUCAGUUUUUUAAUUUUCAGAUGAAAUACUUGAGUGCCUGCUUGAUUAUUUUUGCUUAAAUAGUUGCUAUUUUGU